AUGGAUCUUUCACAGGCCUUGCAGGGCCUCUGGCAGCGAGCGGCCGGCGUGGGGUCGCUGUGCAGCUCGUGUACGACUUUCGUUGUGCCGGAGACCCAUCGCCUGGCUCGCUUCGGCAAGAAGGUUCGUGGAAAGUCCUCGGACGUUGAGAAGAACCUGGAGUUCGCCGCUUCCAGCGACGAGGCAUCCUUCCAACGCUCCUCUGAUGGUAUCGCCGCAGACGGGGAGCUCACCCCAAGUACCCGGAAGACUGCGCUUGAAGCGAUGCGAAAAGUGCUCCAGCGGGAGGAGUUUACCCCCCGUGCGCGAGCCGAUGAAGACGGCUUCGACAUGGGUCCAGAAGCGGACGACGACGUCACCCGGAAGCUGCGCACUCGAUUCCUUGAAGCUGCACGCUCUGGCAACUUUCGAGGGGUCGUGGAGGCUCUUUCUGAAGGGGCAGACCUCCACUGUCGCACUGUGAGAGGUCAGAACGCACUGAUGCUGGCGGCUGCCUGUAGAGGGGGGAGCCCCCUGCAGAUCAUGAGCUUUCUGGUGGAAUGCCGAGUUGAUGUCGAGGUGGCGGACUCCCACGGCUGGACGGCCCUUCUGCACGCCUGCCGUAACGACAUGAAAGAGGCAGCGGAGCUGCUGCUUGAAAGCCAAGCCAAUGUCAAUGCCAAGUCUGCCGAUGGCCAGAAUGCUGCAAUGCUGGCCGCCGUGGAGUCGGGUGAUGAUCUUGUCAAGCGGCUCGUAGGACGCCGGGUUGGGCUGGAGCGUUCCGAUCGGCGUGGCUACACUUUGCUGUUCUACGCAGUGGAGAGCGGGCGCGAUGAUCUGACGAAGUGGUUGCUGAAGACUCGGUCCAACCCGAAUGCUCGCGCGAAGGACAAAAGCACCUGCACCAUGCUGGCUUCCGAAAAAGGUCUUUUGAACAUCUUGAAGGCCCUGAUGGCCAAGAAUGCGGAUGUCAAUGCACAGGACCUCAUGGGCAACAGUGCCUUGUUGGUCAGCGUGAUGGCGGCCAGGGACAAUGUGGCACGCUAUCUCCUCAACAAUUCUGCGGACUGCAACGUAACGAACAAGGAUGGCACCACAGCCUUACAGGUCGCGGCGAAGCUAAAGCUGGGGCCGCUCAAGAGCCUCCUGGACGUGAUGUCGCGCAAGACCCAAGACCGAGGUGGCGAAGAGGACGAUGACUAG